AUUCCAGCCUGCAAAGUAAGCAAGUUUAGCAUAAAUAUGAGGAAAAAUAAAACAAACCAGUGGUAGCUAACAGAGUCCCUGUUUUACACUGAUAAUCCUGUGUAGAUCAUUGCCCCCAGAUCCUGAGCAGGGUGCUCUGUGAUUACUCAUUCCCUUGCUAUCAGGAUCACUUGUAAUCUAGCCACCUGCUUGUUUGGGCAGACUCAGAAAUGCUGAUGCAAUCCACCUCAAUGAAGUGCAGCUGUUCAACGAUGCAUUAGUAGUGCAGUUUUCUGUCUGGAUUUCUACUGUUCAUCUGACUUCAUCUACCCAUAAAUCUGAUUUUUUUAAUCACUAUUUUCAUCACUACAAAGCACAUAUGUUCUAUUACCUUUUUCACAUCACUUGGCAGUCUGAAGAGGCUGCUGUGAUUUGGAACUGCUUACUUCUGCCACUUCUUUCCAUCUCCUUCACCUAGCAGACAGGGCCCCGUACGAUCACGAUUCCCCAUUCAAAACAGGAAUACCUGCCUUCCAGGCUAUGAACUCAUGUCACAGUUCUCAGGCUGUUGUGAUACACCAGGGGCUGAAAUGACAUUGGCCUCAAGACAUCCUUCUGAACAGCUGAUACUUCACAACAUCCUGACUUGCCCCACACAGCAAGACCAGGAACACUGAACAACUCAGUAUAAACAACAGAAACAUUUGCACUGUUCUGAAAACUCAAAGUUUCUUUCUGAUAACCAGUAAUAAUCCCCAAGCACUGAAGGGCAUGGCUGUGACUGCCAGAAGGACUACCUGCUUAUCUGAGCAAUAACUGGAAUAACCUGCCAAUUCCUUACAUCACUGAAUGUCUCCUUCCUUUCUUUGGACCUGUCAAUCCAGUUCUUUACCUUGGAAAAGCUGCUGCCGUCUCCUUGAAGUAUGACUCCACGAGAUCACAUGAGAAAAAUGUCUAUCCUGGGGGAACAGGGAGCACUGGAAGAAAAGCACCUGUAUCGUCUAGCAAGCGGCAUGGCAGCAGGAGAACUGCGGCAGCGACAAGAGAUGCUCAUGAGGAACCAGCUGAUGGCAGUGAACCCUCAGCUGAUGGGCACAGCCCAGCAGAGAAUGCAGGCAAUCCCCUCCCAGUUCGAGCCUCGGCUGGUAGACAGGUAUUCUGCAAUACUUCUCUAUAGCAAUCCUGCAGAUACAGAACAAACAGUCCUGUGCUGUCCUCGAGCACAUAAAAAUCUUAGGUUAUUAUUAACUGAAGAACGUCCCUUUCUGUGUCUGAAUGCACGUUUGUCUUUCAGAGAUUUGUUACCUUCAACUGAAAUGACGGCCACAGCCGACCCGAGACAGAUCCACAUCGCGUCCCACCUCGGGCCCACAGUCCCACAGCACAGCAGCAUGCCCAGCCUGCUGUCCAACCGCAUCUACCCAGGCCCAGGAUAUGGCUUUCUCCAACCAGAAUCCAUGGAGGCUGUGGCCAGAAGACAGGAACUGGUCCAGAAGCAAAAUAUUGCCAGAAUGGAGAUGGAGAUGAGUGCCAUUUUUCAGCAAAAAGAAAUGGAGAAAGCUCAUCGGAAAGGACUGCUGAGCCUGGAAGCACCUUUCCUUUACCACGGGAUGCCAGCCAGUCCCAUCGCUUUCCGUGGCAGGCACAGGCUGCCCGAAGGACACCUUCCCAGUGACCUGUAUGUUCAUCGUACCACCCUCGACGACAUCCACGGUAACACCAUGCUGAUGGCCACCAGCCCGUACCCCCCCGUCAGCACCCUGCAAAGGGAGAGGGGCCGCCGGCCGGGGAGGAGAGCUGCAAACCACAAAGCUGCAGACUGCGGGGCCAACGGCACCAAGAGCCAAGCUGAAGACAAAAGUACAGACCUCGCUUCCACGGUGGUAGAUGAUGAGAAAGAAGACAAGAAAGAGGCGGAGGUGGAGACGCCAAACAAACACGAACAAAACAAAAAUCAGGUGGAGCCGUCAGCAGUUGUCAAAAACUGCAAAGAGUUGGAGCAAGACUUGAGAAAAAACUGUGCUAAUCGUGAAAUUUCUGCUGAACCCAACAGCUGCAACAACACAAGUGAGAAGGAGUCUAAUAGCUCCUGUGCUGCUUUUGAUGACAAGUACAUGUACCCGUCUGCCGUCCCGUUCUCAGCACUACCAUAUGGAUUUCCAGUUCCCAGCAACCCGCUGCUACCUCCAGCAGCACAUGGCCUGAUCCUGAACGGAGAAGACAUUUCCACCAUUGAAGACAUCCGCAAGUGGACGGUUGAUGAUGUGUACAGCUUCAUCAUUAGCCUCCCAGGCUGCUCCGAUUAUGCCCAGAUAUUCAAAGACCAUGCUAUCGAUGGAGAAACCCUCCCACUGCUAACAGAAGAACAUCUCCUAGAUACCAUGGGAUUAAAACUUGGGCCAGCGUUAAAAAUCCGCUCUCAGGUGUCUCGACGUCUGGGCAAUGUGUUCUACAUGAUGAACCUUCCCUUGUCUGUGCCCCUGCCUCCUGCUCCAGGCAAACCCCCAGAGCAGCCCUCUGACAUCACCUCUCCUCUUCGCUGCAACAGCAGCGGUGAUGCGUUGGACAGCCCCUGCUCACAGGGCCUGGAGACUUCAAAAACAGUGGAACAGAUUGUUUCAGAAAGCAGGGAUCAUCCAUGUGAUGCAGACGGACCACAGGCUGACUUCCAGAUGAUCACUUUUCAGAAGAGUUGAGCUGGGCCCAAGACAUAAAAUGUUUCUAAUAAUACAGGAGCCUUCAGUUACCAGGUGUCUGAGAGGGUAGCUGCAGCCUGAAACCUCUGCAAGGGAUUGGGAGUGAAUGAAAUCAGCUGCAUUGUGGUAUCUGAAAAGCACUUAAAAACAUAGGACUACAUAUUAGUGCAAUUACUUUCAAGUGCAAUUCAUUGAAUAGGGUAUCAGCACAAUUAACACUGCUGAAAUCUGUCAGAGGCUCAGAGCACACUCCGUACAGUUGUGCAGGCUGCUGAGGAACUACCAGGAAAAGCUAAAGCUUAUUACCAGGGUUUGAAUCUGCUUUGUGUGACUGCAUAGGUGAGCAGAGCUCUGAACAAAGCAGAAGCAGACUGCUGGGAAGACCAGCUGCAGAGACAGCCACAUCCUGGAGGCAGCAGCUCAAAGCACCCUUCCCCUUGCUCACCUGGGCAAGCCAUGGAAGUCUUUCCUCAGCAGCAUACUCAGCAUUCUUCAUAAGAUGAAAUGUGCUUUCUGCUCUCUCCUGCUACUGAUGGUUAAGUAUCUCACAGCAAACAUGAACCACAGAGUGGAGUUUUUAGCUAGAGAAAAAUCCCCAGCAUUCCAUAAUGAACCCUGUGUGAAUUAUCUUCAUUCCCACACUAGGGGUUCUGUCACAGGCUGCUCUUUCACUGAGGUAUUGGAACUGUCCUCCACCUUCCUCUUUGAAGAAAACUCGACUCUGAAGGGCACACAAAUAGUUUUGAGAAAACUAAGUCUUGUAAACUGAGUGCUGAUCGAUUGGUGAUCUGCUGUUUGUUGCCACUUCAGAUUUCCUCUCCUUUGUUUAGUUUAGUUUAGUUUAGAGGCCACAUGAAAACCUCUUAAAAACCAAGAGGUGCACUAUUGUGUAGAUGGUGAGUGUUUAAAUGCUUGAGGAGGAAUGUUCUUGUAUUUUAGACUGUGGGCACCUGUUUUUCUGCUUCAGCCUGAGAAAAAAUAUUUUAUUAUUUUUGAUACUGUAAAUCAAACAUUUGUGCAGUAGAUGAGAUGAGGUGAGAAGUUAGCAAGAGUAACUUACAGUGUUCUUCUUACUGUGCUGUCUGAACUUGGCAGCCUUGAGAGGAGAGGCAGAUACCUCUCACAUUCCUCUCCUGAAACAGCAAAGUCUUGCUGUAAGAAUUCAGUACGAUUCUCCUCUGAAAACUCUGCCACCAUCACCAGUUACAGCAGUGCUGGGCUCUGUGCUCAUAUCUUCAGAUACUGUAAGUAGGGUUUAUGUUUUCAGGUUUCAUUGAUAAAUUCCAGUUAGGCCCAAAGGAAGAGUGUGAAUUGCUAUAGAACAAAAUACUCCAAAGAUGCAGACAUACCCUAAGGCAAUCUCCUAAAUGAGGUGCUGACCCUUAUGCCUGUGAUCUGGUGAAAUUAAUGAGAGUCUUUCCAUUACCAUAAGAGUCUGGUUUAUGUCUUCUGCAUCAUCUAUGAGCAUCUGUCAUACAAGGUACUGUUUACUGGAUACUUAAUAAUAUACAGAAAAUUAUAAUCCGAAACUGGAAAGCCUAGAUAUAAUUCCAAGACUGUCUAAAAAACAACUACAACAGCGGAAGUAAUCUUGGAAUGGCCAUUAGUUUGCUGUUUGCUUUGUCUCAGUGAAUUUCAGUGUUAACAUCUGUUCUCUUCCAUAUUUUUUCUGUUUUUCUAAGAUUUUAAAAUUUAGUAAGGUGGAAAGAAGAGUUUUAUAAUAAUUUGAUAAUAAAAAAAUGUUUACUUUUGCAGAUUCUGGAAAGCACAAUUAUCACUGUAAAGAAGUCAUAGUCUGGCUGUAAUGUUUUCACGUGGUAUUUUAACAUGUAAUGCCUCAGAUUACUGACACCAGAAGUUUCCUUUCACAGUAGGUUCAACUCCUGUGAUUUUCCUCUUUCUGCAGCAGAUUGUUCGUGAACCAUCAAUGAAAAUGAAAAUACUAGAAGAUAUUUUUAUAUAGUCAACACGUUGUUAAGGAAAAAAAAAAAAAGCACAGAAGCAUCAAUACUGUUGGGUGUCUGAAACAAGUUCUAACUCUUCUCUCUUAUAAAACUGACUAACACACGAACAAUGUCACUUAUCUAAUUAAACACAAUUCACGUGUUGGUUUUCAAAUGGUGUCCUACCUCUCAAGCCCUCGGUGCUGCAGGACCAAUCCCAGCUGGGGGCCCACGGGGCCACACGAUGUCGCUGCCCAGCUAUGAGCACUUGGCAGAGGCAGCCCCCAAGGGUGUCAAGAACGGGGACGUGAGCAAACACGGCUUGUUUUCCUGAAGUAACAGCAGAAGAGCUUGAGUUGAAAUCCUAUGUGCUAGGGAAGAAAGACUGAAAUCUGGUUCUGAAGAAUGUGAGCGCUGUUUUUGUAAAUGGCUCAGACAUGAACAGUUAGAAAAGCAGAGAAAGCUGGAUCAAAGCAUGACAAGCCUGACAGUGCUGCAAUUAAACAAGUAUAGGAUCCUUUGCACAUCCCGGGCUCUCCUUCCCAGAAAUCCAAACGGGGGACACGUCAGAGCAGCCACAGUGCAGCAAGGCCCAGGCUGCACUCAACGGCAGAGUGAAACUGGAAGGAAAUAGAUUUACCUAAAUGGACACAAUCUGUUCUAUUUCUAACGUAAUGUUACUAAUAGUUAAACUUUCCCCUCUGACAAACACUUCAGAAAGAAU